AUGAGCGCCUUUGCGGGGCCACCAGCUCCCAAAACAAAAUCGGUGCUUCUUGACGGGAUCGAGCGCAGCCUAUCGGAGGGACGGAAAUGUGUUCUACGUGGCGUAGAGUUAGACGAGCAAUUCCCAGUUGAACGAAAGGAUCAGAAGAUUGCCGCUUGCGAAUGGUACAAGAAAGGGAUUGACCAUUUUCGGGUUGGAGACGCUGAGAAGACCGUGAAGGCGCUCUUCCAAAUUGCCCGCAAUGCCCAGCCAUCGAUCGUUUUUGUCGAUGAGAUCGAUUCAGUUCUCUGCGAGCGAAACGAGAAGGAAAGUGAUGGAAGCCGUCGGUUGAAAACCGAAUUUCUGAUUCAGUUUGACGGCGCCUCAACGUCUGAUGAUGAUCGUUUGCAGGUCUCCGACUUUGAAGAGGCCUUGCAAGUCAUCAAGCCAUCCACCAAUCCGCAUCAGCUCGAGUUGAUGAAGACAUUUGCCGCGCGAUGUGGACAAGCG